AUGUCCGACUAUGACAUCAGCGACGAGCCCCUUUCUGACGAUGAGCAGGACGUGUUCAUGGACUCGGACACGGAACCCGAGGUUAUGGAACUCGACCGGGUGGACAACGGCAAGGGCAAAGAGAAGAGCUACGAGAUCGACUACUCGGAUGUUCCCCAGGAGGAUAUCGAGCGUCUAAUGGAGGCCGACAUCGCCAACGUCGCCGACAUUGCUCAGAUCUCUCACGACGCCGCCGCCCUCCUCCUUCGCCACAUGCGGUGGAAGACGGAGCCAACAAUCGAGGCCUACUUGGACAACUCUUCCAAGCUGUCUGCCGCCGCCGGUCUGAUCCCGCCUUCCGCCCCCUCGGCUCUCGGUCCCGAACGCACCAAGCGCUCGACCUCGGCAGCGCGCACGACGCGCAACAGCGCCAAGAAAGCCUCACCGCCCCCGCCCUCACCGGAAGAGGAGCGCGUCUGUCAGAUCUGCUUCGACGAUGAGGCCACGGACAUGCGCUCGCUCACGUGCGGCCAUUCAUUCUGCACAGGCUGCUGGGCCGCCUUCACGACCUCCAAGAUUCGCGACGAGGGCGAGCACCGGAUUACGUGCAUGGCCGAGGGUUGCAAGUUGAUCGCCCCGGACGCAUUCGUGCUCGAGGUCGUACUCCCUCAGUCCAAGACGGGAUUGCGUUAUAAGGAGCUUUUGCUGCGCGACUACGUCGAGGCUCAGCGCGCUCUCAAGUUCUGCCCGUACCCCGAGUGCACUCACGCAGUACGGUGCACCGCCGCCGCGACCAAGAGCAGCCUCAACACUAUCGUCCCCGCCGUUGUCUGUGGCGCGGACGCACAACAUCAGUUCUGCUUCGGGUGCCCCAUCGAAGCUGAUCACCGCCCCCUCCUGUGCGCCGUCAGCAAGCUUUGGUUGCAGAAGUGCCGCGACGAUAGUGAGACGGCUAACUGGAUCAAGAGCAAUACCAAGGAGUGCUCCAAAUGCCAGAGCACGAUCGAGAAGAACGGCGGGUGCAACCACAUGACUUGCAAGAAGUGCAAGCACGAGUUCUGCUGGGUUUGCAUGGGCGACUGGUCGGUGCACGGCACCGCGUUCUACUCGUGCAAUCGCUUCGACGAGAAGUCGGGUAUCGAUGCGCGGGAUGCGCAGUCCCGGAGCCGUGCUUCGCUCGAGCGCUACCUUCACUACUACAACCGCUGGGCAAAUCACGAACAGAGUGCGAAGCUCUCGGUAGAACUGUACGCCAAGACGGAGAAGAAGAUGGAGGAGAUGCAGACGAGUUCGACAUUGACUUGGAUAGAAGUGCAGUUCCUCCGUCGCGCGGUUGACGAAGUUGUCAAGUGCCGCGCAACUCUCAAAUGGACGUACGCGAUGGCCUACUACCUCUCCAAGGGAAAUGUGAAGGAGCUCUUUGAGGACAACCAGCGUGACCUUGAGAAAGCGGUCGAGGAUCUGUCGGAGUUGCUCGAACAGCCGCUUGAGCCCGAGAGUGUCCCUUCGCUCAGGCAGAAGGUCACUGACAAGACCGUCUACGUAUCGCGCCGUAACGAGAUCGUACUGGAAGACACCGCGAGGGGUUACCUGGACGGUCGCUGGAAGUGGAACGUGCGCAUCGACGGACUCGAGGACCAGUUUGGCGAACCGUCUGUCUAG